UCCGGGAACUACGAUUACCCACCUGCUUCUCGCCGUCCCUCUCGAGGGUCUCGUACCAACAACGACAGGCAUUUACGUCCGGUCCCGAACCGUCUGCAACAUCUACAGGAGCUUCUCAACUCCGAGCGAAACCGCAACAACUCGACUCGUGCGUUGGAGACAUUAAACCAGGAGUUGGAAGAGUAUCGGGGUAGGUCUUCGGUCCUUGUCGAAGAGGCCAGGACGAAUCUAGAUCGACAGUUUCAACAAGCCCGAGCCGAGCAUCACAUCUGGAAUCAACACCAGGGGAACGAUAACUUUGCAGGUACUGUGCGCCCUGCUGGUCAAAGACCGCAAGCGUUAAAUGUAACAGUUGUCAAUUUCGAAGGAAAUGCUUCUGACCCCACGCGGCCUGGUAGUAGGACCCCAAGAUUUCGUCCACUCAGAGGAGGAGAUCGAAUUGGUCGCGUGAGAAGUAUUAGAGACGAAAAUGCAAGGUCUCUCUUAGAUGAGCCUGUUCCUCGUCUCGAAUCGCCUAUCGUCAUGCCUCAACAACGGGAGAGUGAAACCCCGUCAGAUAACUGGAGGGCAAAGCGUCGUAAGCUGGAGAUGGAUGAUCACAGAGAAGGAUUACAAAACUUUCGUUACGGGCAAUAUGGUCAAGUGGUACCUGGAGCACUGAAGAUGGAGUUAGCCAGCUGUGACGGAGGCACAUACGAACCCGAUGGAGAAAGUUCGUGGCCCGAGAAUAUCCUUCGCAACGACACUACUGUCUACUGUACAAAGUCGAACCGAUGCAACUUGAUAUUGAAACACUAUGCUGGGAUCCCUUUUUGCCUGAAAAAGAUCGUCAUCAGAGCGCCUAGGACGGGCUAUGAUGCUCCGAUCCAAGAAGGAAUGGUUUUCGUUUCAAUGACAUCUGACGACCUUCUAGCUCGAACAGCCGCAUCUCAUAUCCUAUGUGAGACAACGGGACGGACUCGGCGGUCUUGGCACCCACGAAUGCAACCGUCUCAGGAAUAUUUGAAUGCACACCAGCCUCGUCUGCCGAGUGCUCCGGGCAACAAUGUUGACUCCAAUCUCAACUCCGAAGGAUCUGACACUGACAACAAUGACCCUGCAAGGCCUACUGUGGGAGGCGGACCCAACCCAAUUUCGGAUUUCCGCACCAUAACCAAUUACGAUGAACACUCAGACGAACGUUCAGAGGCGAACGAACGAGAUGAAGAUGACGAGACUCCCUACCUGACCGAGAUAGAGCGAUUGGAGGCAGAUCGGUACGAAGACGCCGCUAUUUGCUCAGAUACCAGUGAUAGUCUGAGCGAAGCUGAACUCGCUGAAAUGGGUACAUUUCCUCGGCGUCGCCGGGCUUUAUCGAGACAAAUUCGAGCCAUGCGACGUCGCUACAAUGCGGCACACCCAAGACAACGUCCACGUUCGCCGGACUCGCCUCCCGCCUCAAGCAAUGAAGUCUCCCAGCCUCUGGUUUCUUCGCUUAUGAGACCGCAUGCGCGCUUUCGUAUUGAACGACACAAGAGCAUGGUCAGCAUUAAGUUUGAUCCUCCACCUUCAGGAAGAUACAUACUUGUAAAGCUGUGGAAUCCUCAUAGCGGCAAAAACAUAGAUAUCCAGAGUAUCAUUGCGUACGGCUACGGUGGCCCGAGGUUCUUUCCUGCUACGAGUUUCAGAUGA